CUCCCCGCCUUUAGGUUUUUUCCUUCUUGUUGUGUAACCCCCUUCUGGCUGUUGGCGUUGUUGUUUUGAGACGUAGAGGGAGGGCUUCGUGAUGUGCUCAGUCCCGCUGAGAAUUCGGAAUCAAACAGUUGCAUACAACGACUUGUGUGCCACCGAAUUUUUGUUCUUGUUUUCUGAAGCAUUAGGAUUCUGCAGGGGGCAGAACUGUGCAGUGACAUCGAAAGCCUACGUAUGUGCGUGUGAUAAAAAUGUGUUUUUGCCAGAGAUGAUAAUCGUGGUUAUAUUUUUAGGGGGGGAUGAAAUCUGGAGAUACGUAGGCGAAAUGUUUUCGUCGUUAAAUUUCCCGAGUUAGGUUUCGUGUACAGUUGGGUGCUCGAAGACAGGAGAUCAGUGUGACCUCCACUGGAGGGGCGGGGGGGUCUGUGCAUGAGAAGAAUCAGUGCACUGUGACAGACUUGUUAAUGUUUUUUGAAUUAUAGCCAAAGCUAACACUUGUAAACGGAAAGUUCCCGAAGUGGUGGAGGCCACUGACCUCCUGCCACAACUUCUGGUCACCCAAAAUGUUAAACCCAUUUAUGGACACCACACAUCAUCAUCUGGCCACGAUGGGUCUGAAAAUGAGUCCACCGCCUGUGGUACCCCCGCAAUCAGCAGGGCACCAGAUACCCUCGGCUGGAACCAUGUCCUCUUCAGUUUCAACCGGUGGAUCCGCGACAGGCGAUAUCUCUGCAGGACAGACGGGCUCAGCGAUGAACCAUCACAAUCACUUCUCGCCACAAGCCACGAAUGGGUAUCACCAUCACACGGCGAUGGGUCACCAUCUGAAUCCCCACGCGGGGUACGCGGCGAGGGACUUCCUGCUCCGACGGGAACAUCACCACGACUUCUCUGCGGCUCCCGUGCCUUCAGCGGCCGCGGGAAACACUGACCCUUCCGCAGCGGCAGUUCUGUUCCCAUCCACCGCGCUACACCACGACCCCACGCCCCAACUGAACCAUCACCACCACCAUCACCAUCAGCCCUUAGCGAAUCACCAUCUCAAUCACCACAUGCGGCUCGGCAUGGAUGUCUAUACCCGCGCGGCGGCCGAGCACCACCCGUAUCAUCAGGCGUCCACACAUCACCAAUUUGCGGCCAUGAACGCGGCGGCAGCUCACCACCACGCCAUCACCAGCAUGGCACCUCACCACCCAGCUCACCACGCAACUCACCACGGGGCGUUCUUCAGAUAUAUGCGUCAGCCUGUUAAACAGGAGAUGUCGUGCAUGUGGAUCGAACCCGAACAGCCAGUUCCAAGGAAGACGUGCGGGAAGACGUUCACGACGAUGCAUGAAAUCGUGACCCACCUGACUGUGGAGCACGUCGGUGGGCCUGAGUGUACGACACACGCCUGCUUCUGGCAGAGCUGCCCCAGGAACGGGAGGCCGUUCAAGGCGAAGUACAAACUUGUGAAUCAUAUUCGUGUUCAUACAGGCGAGAAGCCGUUCCCGUGUCCGUUCCCCGGGUGCGGCAAAGUGUUUGCCAGGUCCGAGAACCUCAAGAUCCACAAGAGGACGCACACCGGCGAGAAGCCGUUCAAAUGUGAGUUCGAGGGCUGCGACCGGCGGUUUGCGAACAGCUCAGACCGGAAGAAGCAUUCACACGUUCACACUUCGGACAAGCCAUACAACUGCCGCGUGUCAGGGUGCGACAAGAGCUACACGCAUCCUAGCUCGCUGCGGAAACACAUGAAAGUCCACGGCUGUGGGGCCGGUUCCGCCGGCAAGAGUCCACCUCCAGGCUACGACAGCGACGGGAGCGACUCCAACAGCUCAUCAGCGGCGUCCAUCAGCGUCUCGGCAACAGGUGGCGGGUCUGCUGGAGCGGGCACCACGUCUCCAGAUCAGCACAGCCAUCACCACCAUCACCACUCCAACAACCCCUCAGCCAACACGGCCUCCUCCAUCCACCAGCAACACAAUCCCCUGAGCUCGUCGAUAUCCCACCAACAGUCCGCACCCGGGACUACCAACCUUUCCGAAUGGUAUGUCUAUUACGCCUACCAGGAGCAGUGGAGCCCACGUAAACACACACCUGUGCUGCUCGUGAAAUCAGCUACAGAAACCAAUCGGUUCUACAAAUCAAAUACUGUAGCAUCCUGCAGUGUCACUCUGGUGACAGACUUUGCAUCUUCCACUAAUGGACAUCUUGUUUACUUUGUAAGUCCAUACGGGGCUCAGCCUAACGAAAAGCAUGCACAUGACAAGGAUGGAAGACGCGACACUAAGCACAUUGUGAAACUUCUUGUGACUUGUCUGGAACAGCUGAACAAAUAG